AGAUAAAAUUAUGAAACAUAUGAAUAAUCGAUUAUUAAGUUUUAUUUUCCAUUUUCGUUUUGUUUAUCAUGUGUAUCAAUUGUUAGCUAUUGUUUAUACGAUUUCAUUUGUUAUAAUUUCAUUGUCAGCUGCUUCUAUUUGACUACCAAAUUCAUAUAACAAUGCUUCAAAAUCAUUACAUGAAGCUAAAAUCCAAAUAACUUCGCAACCAACAACGUCGAGCAUGUCACUUUCAGCUAAGAUAAAAUAAAUAAAACUAUAUUUAUAAUCACAAAAAAAAUUCAUACAAACCUGGUAAAAAAUUGUAUGUACCAAAUUUUCUUUUAAUUUGAUUAGGAGGGUGUGGGUGGGUGUGGGUGUGGGUGUAGACAACUAUUCACACACCCACCCUCACACCCACACCCCACAUCCACCCACACCCAACCAUACCUACCCACACCCACAUCCACACCCCACACCCCCACCCCACCCACCCCCACCCACACCCACCUACACCCACACCCUAUUAAUGCCAACAUCAACACCACCAGUAAACAAAAAAAAAAAUCUUAUUUAUUUUUUUUCGUAUUUAUAUUUCAAUAUGGAAAACGAACUUCAAUUUCAAUUCCAACAAUGUCAAAACAAACUAAUACAAUGAUGAUAACCCAGGUCGAUCGUUCCGGUCACCGGAUACUGCAGGAACCGGCAGGAAAGACGCGGAAAAAUCGCCGGUCCCUGCAGGAAAACACCGGAAAUCAACGGAACAUGGAAGCAGUAUUCCGGUCGGAAAUUUUUCGGACUUUUUCCGACGGAUUUCCGGCCGGUUCCUGCCGGAAAGAACAGGAAUUGGCUGGAAUCCACCGGAAAAAAUCCGAAAAAUUUCCGGCCGGAAUACUGCUUCCAUGUUCCGUUGAUUUCCGGUGUUUUCCUGCCGGGACCGGCCGGUACUUUUCGACCUGGGAACAUGUUCAAAAUGUUUUCGUGUAAGUAAUCCUAAUGCUCGUUUUUGUGAUUGGUGUAGUGCAUAUCCUGAUCAUGCAUCUACAUCAAUAGAAUGUACAAAAUGUCAUACUAAUAAUGAUUCAUUUGGAAAAUUUUGUUCAACAUGUGGAUGUGUUAUUGAACCACCAUUACGUAUUAUUGAUACACGUCUUUAA